AUGCCCCCGAAGAAGCGUGAAAAAGAAAGCGAAACAAAUAAAAACUCUAAAAUAGAUCAUUUGCAAGCGGAUCAUGAGCUAUUCUUACAAGCUUUCGAAAAACCAACACAAAUAUACCGAUUUUUGAGAACACGUAAUAUGUUAUCGCCCAUAUUUUUAAAUCGGACGCUAUCUUAUAUGAAACGAAGGAUGUCUAGAAGCAAUAAAAGCCGUAUCGGCUUCAAAGUAGACUCCUUGCUUGAAAAGAUAACAUUAAAAAAGAGCACUGAAUUACAGCUAAACAGUUUGGGUGGUUAUAUGACUUUAACAUUUUUGGGUUUUUACGACAAAAGUUUAGAAGAACCUAGUGAUUAUCAAGUGAAAGUUGAAACAUUACUCUUAAAGAUAUGCCACAAGAAAAGGAAAGAAAGCUCAUCAGCUAUAGUGGAAGUUUCUGUUGGCAGUUGUUCAGUUCCCCUCAACCCUUCUACUUCCGAGCCCCCAGCCAUGGCUUCAGCUGUGAGCAUAUCAAGUGAUACCUUCAGUCCUUCACAUGGACCUAAUGUUAAAUCCUACAUGCUCAUGCUAAGGGUAACUGUCACAAAGGCUUCUAUGAGCAAUGGUGCUAGUACAACAGAAAUAACUAAUGGAGAUGAUGAACCUCUAACAAAACGUCUCAAAUCAUCGUCCGAUAUAAAUUCAAGCACUGACAAUAAAUGGAGCAAACUUUACGGCAGCGAGUUAAUAGUGUAUGACAAACAUAACAGAUGUCUUUUGACUAACGGGGAGUAUGAUUUAGUGCUGCAUGAUGUAACUCCGGGCGGUCGGAGUGCUACUAUAGCCAGAUCUCCUCACAAAGCUCUGAUGGCACAAUGGGAAACUAUACCUAAUGAAAAUGACCUACAAACAGAGACAAAUCCUUUCGAUAUAUUCAAAGUUAGACCGUUAUUGAAGUUAAAGCUCAGUUGGAGUCAGGAACCCACAAACGGUUUAGUGAACCGACCGAAACUAUACCAGCAAGAUAGUAAUGGUGUGAAAAAAGAUAAUACUGCCAAAGAAAAAAUUUCCACACCGAGAUGCUCCACUAGUGAAAUUAAAAAUGGAGAGAAAUCCAAGCAAGAAUCAACAGAUUCGUCCAAACGUCAACAGAUCAUCUAUCAGUUCCUAUAUAACAACAAUUCUCGCCAGCAGACCGAGGCUUGUGAUGACUUACACUGUCCAUGGUGCUCCCUUGACUGCGGAGCGCUGUACUCGUUACUCAAACAUCUCAAGCUGUGCCACUCUAGAUUUAAUUUUACAUAUUUUCCAAUACCGGGUGGCGCUCGUAUCGAUGUGUCUAUCAACGAGUUAUAUGACGGAUCAUACACGGGCUCCCCUCACGACCUGAUAGCGGCGCAGGGGCGCUCCAGGGGCGGAGGCCCACGCGCGGGUCCCACUCGCAGGGCUUCGCUGACACACCUACUAGUGUUGAGACGACGAAGACACAGACACAGUCUUGCGGAGUUCUUGGAGCUCGAUGAUAAUGAUGUAGACGCACAGAGACCGUACCUCACUGGACAUAAUAGAUUAUAUCACCACACAAUAACUUGCCUGCCGGUUUACCCUAACGAGUUGGACAUCGACUCUGAGAGUGAGACGGACCCGCUGUGGCUGCAACAGAAGACUAUGAUGAUGAUAGACGAGUUCACUGACGUUAACGAAGGAGAAAAGGAACUCAUGAAGAUGUGGAACUUACACGUUAUGAAGUACAACUACGUCGGCGACUGCCAGAUACCGCUCGCCUGCCAGAUGUUCCUACAGAUGAAGGGCAAGGAACUACUCGAGAAGAAUCUAUACAGGAACUUCAUACUCCAUAUGUGUUCACUACACGAUUUUGGACUCCUAAGUCCGGUCGCGCUAUAUCAGACCGUACAAAUGCUGAACCAAAUGUUGGCGGACAGCGCUGACGCGAAAGAAAAGAUGAGAGAUUCUCUUAGAGCGCAGAGAGAUCAUUGGAACGCGGUGGGAAAAUAUCAACAACCUGUGAUCAUAGAACAAAAACCUAACAAUACUACCGUCAAACUGAAUGUUGAAGCGUCACCGUCUGUUAGACGGAAAACGUCGAAUUUACAGAACGCAAACAGAAUGGCCAGUGCUAGCUCGAAUUUCAGCAAAUCAUCUAGUCCCGGACCCGCGAACAGCGAAACUAAAAGAAAAAUGUCUUCCGGAAGCAUUCAGAGCAGAAAGAGAUCCUCUAUAUCCGAAAGAAAGAGCUCGGUAUAG